ACGAUCGUCCGUGGGAGUUUCAUCGGUCAUGGUGACUACAUCUCGCAGGUGAUCUCUGAGAUGAGCCGGCUGUCCAUCACCGGUUCAAACUCUCUGCGCCGCAGCAGCCCGUCGGCACGUAAACGUGCCCGGUCUCUGGGCCGACUGGGAGAACUGGGAGAACUGGUGGACGAGGAGUCGUACCAGUACGAGCGGCUCGAUGGUCACGAUGACGGGAAGACGGGCGGGCGGAGCUCCACCUACUGGCAGGACCGGAUCCGACAGGUGCGCAGCGAGGGAGGCAGCCCAAAACUGAACGGAGCUCUGCAGAGACCCAAGUCCACCUGUGAGCUGGGGGCUCUGUCCGAGGCCACGCCCCCUACACCCCCCACACCUGUGACGGGUUCGACAGGUGCGAUGCCUCAGAGGAGCGGUGCGGGGGGAUCAACGGGUGGACAGUACGCCCGUAGUGAGGGGGCGGGGCUAAGGCAGGGACCGGCUUCCUGUUACAACCACCUGCAAACUGUGGAGACCAGCAGAGCUCACCUGAGACCGAGACCGCUGCUCAGUCACCUGCCGGACCUACUGUCCUCCAGAGAAACUCCCAGAAGGCCUCACUCCUCCUAUGACCUCAAGCUCACCUCCCCCCCAUCCCCGCUCCUGCUGCCCCCCCCCAACAGCACCAGCAGCCCCCUCAUCACAGGUCGACCUCAGCGCUCGCUCCGCCCCUCCUCCAGCUUCAGCAUCGGACUUCCUCCAAAAACACAAACCCCCCUCAGCCAGCUCCGCCCCUCCCCCCACCCCUCCCCCCAGCAGACGUCACCUGACGCAGGUGUGAAGGUGACUCACGAGCAGUUCAAGGCGGCGCUGCAGAUGGUGGUCGACCCGGGGGACCCGAGGAAGACUCUGGAGAACUUUGUGAAGAUCGGCGAGGGUUCCACAGGUGUGGUCUGCAUCGCUAGAGAGAAACACAGCGGGAGACAGGUGGCCGUGAAGAUGAUGGACCUGAGGAAGCAGCAACGGAGAGAGCUGCUCUUCAACGAGGUGGUGAUCAUGAGGGACUACCGGCACCAGAACGUGGUGGAGAUGUUCAGCAGCGCUCUGGUGGAGGAGGAACUCUGGGUAAUCAUGGAGUACCUGCAGGGCGGCGCUCUCACUCACAUUGUCAGUGAAACCAGGUUGAACGAGGAACAAACAGCCACCGUGUGUGAAAGCGUCCUUCAGGCUUUAACUUAUCUUCACUCUCAAGGAGUCGUUCACAGAGACAUCAAGAGUGAUUCUAUCCUGCUGAGUGUGGACGGGAGGAUCAAACUAUCAGACUUUGGUUUCUGUGCUCAGAUCAGUAAAGAGGUCCCGAGGAGGAAGUCUCUGGUGGGGACCCCGUACUGGAUGGCUCCUGAAGUGAUCUCUAAGACCCCGUACGGGACCGAGGUGGACAUCUGGUCUCUGGGCAUCAUGGUGGUGGAGAUGUUGGACGGAGAGCCGCCGUAUUUCAGCGACACACCGAUCAACGCCAUGAAGAAGCUGAGAGACGAGGCGGCACCGAGCGUGAAGAAUGUCCACAGGGUGUCUCCGGUGCUGAAGGACUUCCUGGGUAGAAUGCUGACUCGGGACACGCAGCAGCGCUCGGUGGCUUCAGACCUGCUGGAGCAUCCGUUCCUCCUGCAGGCCGGAUCACCGCGCUGCCUGGUGCCGCUGGUGGAACAGCACCGCAAACGCAUGUCCCUCUGCUGAGCACCUGACUCACCUGAGACACAUGUAGGACUCACCUGAGACACACCUGAGACACAUGUAGGACUCACCUGAGACACAUAUAGG